CAUCUUUUGAUCAAGCUGAGAGUGUUACACAACCAGCAGCUUGAUUCCAUCCUAUCUAUCUUUAUUUAUCUUGUUUUAUCAUAUUAGAAAUCAUAUCUCAUUUGAUUUUGCAUUUGUUUUCAGGUUCAUAACUUGCAUUCCAUCAUAUCGCCCAUCCGAUCAUCUCUUUGGUCGACCCAUCCAAGCUUCCAUCAUCCAUCUUGCCCACCCUGAAUCCUAGCCUACAACAUUUGGUAUCAGAGCUUAAGCUCCUGAAUCAGGUCCAUUCUAUCCUUGCAUCAUUCAUCUUGUUUGCAUUUGUUUUUCCAUUUAUAAAUAAAAAAAAAAACUGUUUUUUGCAUUUUUGUGUUCUUUGUUCAUCAUAAAUUGAAAAGCCAUAAAGAGUUGAGAUAGGAGACGACCUGUUGUCUAGUUUGAUUCAUUUCAUCCAUAAAAAGAAAAGAAAAACGUGUUUGCAUUCAUUCCCCAGCUCCACUUUCCAUUUUUAGAUUUUGUGCAUUCAUUUCAAAAAAAAAAAAAAGAUCUGCAUUUUCAUAGUUGUUUCUUGCUUAAAAAAAAAUAAAUAAAAAGUUAUACCAUUUUUAAUUUCGUGCAUACCAUAUUUGUUUCAUAAGUUUGUUAUUUGCAUUCAAAAAAAAAAAAAUCAUUCAGCUUAAUUUAUAUCAUUUUGGGUUCAAGUAUACAUUUUAGUUUCCAUUUCCGGUGUUUUUGCAUUUCAUCUUAAGAAAAUUCAAAAAAAAUCAGUGUUAGUUUAAUUUCCAUAUUUUCUUCCCAUUUUUGUUUCUUUUCAUACCAUAUUGUUUAAUUUCGAAAUUGCAUUCAGAAAACCAAAAGAAAAAUCAUUUUAGUAUAGUUACUUCAUUUCGGUUCAUAAUUGCAUAUUUUCUCGGUUUAGUUAAAUUGCAUUUGUUUUAUUUUGGUUAGACCAAAACUUUCCAUACCUUCACUUUUUCUUUGAGAUUGUUUUCAGGAAGCAAUGGAGGAGGAGAGACACGGCCAAAACCUAAGGGCCACCUUGAGCCAACAGUCCGCAGCUCUACAACAGCUCCAAAUUAAGAUUGCUCAAUUGGAGAAAAGAAAUCAGGCACAAGGCCAACGUCCACAUGAAGGAGAAAGGAGAUUUGGAAAUGUACCAGGGGCAGUCUAUGUCGAGCCCAAGCCACCAGAUCCUUCAAGGAUCAAUCAAACUCCAACUUCUAAAACCCACAACCCUUAUGUUGUUAAUUCUUGGUUUGAUUAUAACUCUUUUGCUGAUAAAGUUGAACUCUUUAAAUUUUCAGGAAAAAGAGGUUAUCUAAGAUGGGAGAGGAACCUUGAUGAAUGGUUUCACUACAACAACAUCCUGAGGAAAGAGAGGCUAGCUUAUGCCAUUGAUCAACUAAAAGAUGAUGCUCUUAAAUGGUGGGUACAAGAAGAGGAUGAUAGAUGGUUUUACAAGGAGCCAGCUAUCAAAACGUGGAGAGCUCUUAAGGAAGUCAUGAGGGAUAGAUUUGCACCAGAUUAUACAAGGUCUGAAAUCCAGGAACUAUAUCCAAGGAGAUAUUCAACUCAUGGUUCCAAAGAAGCAAGGAAAAUUGUGGAACAAGAAGUUCAAAGAGUCUUGCCUAAAGAAGCCAACUUUCAGCCAAACCAGGGGCACGCCAUUGUCCACUGCUUAGAGCAGGAGAGUGACAUCCCAAAGGUCAGGAAGAUGAGUACAAGUGUCGGCCAAAACACUUUGAUCAGGUCCAAAGACAAACCAGAGCAAGUUAUUGUCCAAGUAAAGGCUAAGGUAAGUCCUAUACAUGAUAAAUCUUUUCAUAAAUCAUCUACCACUUGUAUGAUGCACUUGUCUUUGUCCAAGAGUGUUAUUACAGGUCUAAAUGAGCCUAGGUACAUAGAAGAAGAGGCGCCAGGCACAAACCUUCCAAUGGACCAGAAGGAAGCUCAAAGCACAAAGCAAUCAAAGUUGCUUAAUAAACCAAAACCAGUGAUCCAAGUAUCAAACCAAGGGAUACCAGAUGAGAGCCAUAUGCUUACUGGAGUUCCAAGUGCCGAACCAGAUCAUGAGCUCAAUCAAAAUCCACACCAUAAGUGGAAACCGAAAUCUGAACAAUGUACUGUUCAAGUGCCAAAAUCUGAGGUAAAAUUCACUUUAAACCAGAAUGUUUUUAUUGAUUCUAUGACAAGAUUAAUGCACUUGUCUUGUCCAAGGAAAAGUGAAAUUGGUACAGGAAAGCAAGGUUAUUACAAGGCAAACAAAGAACAAGAAGUUCUUACUGCCACAUUUGACAUUAAGGUUAAUUGUUCUAUGUUUUCUUCAGUUUAUAAAUCCCUAUACUUUGGUAUAAUACACUUGUCUUUGCCAAGAUGUUUUGAUCCAGGGAUAAGUCAAGAAGAACAUAAAAACCGAGCUGAGCUAUCACAAGAAGAUGGUUAUGCCAACCAAGGUAAACAUUUGCAAGAAAGGCAGCCAUCUAACCAAAUCUGUCCAAAGAAGAAUAUCAUUCUUCAUCAUGCUGAUGCACCCAAGGUAAAUUCGACCAUAACAAAUUCUGUUCAUGAAAUUCCAGUAUCAGAUAUAAUUCACUUGGUCUUUGUCCAGAAUGUUAAAAAAAUUUCAGGUUGCAAAGAAGAAAGCUUCGAAGAAAUCCCACCGGAUAAUCUUUUGUUGCUAGGAGGAUCAAACCCAAAGAUGGUCAGAGCUGAGCCUGCUAGGAGUAUGAAGGACCAUCCACUGAAGAAGAGAAGCAAUGCAAAAGUCCAUAGCAGAGGCGUGAUCCUAUCCUAUUUGCUGAAAGAAGAGCCACCUGAUGAACAAUCCAUCACCAAACCAAAACAAUAUCAAGGUAAGACCUUAGAAUCUCAAAAGAGUAUGAAAGCUGACUUGCUCUAUCUUGGUGCAGGUUAUACAGUUUCGAGGUCGAAACCUUUUCAAGGGGGAGGGAAUGUUGCGGCCAGCAAUUCAGCAGCUCAACCAGAGGUCGACCCAACACCCUACUCAACCAGCCAAGGCGCCAACCAGGACAUACGUGCACUAAAAAUGCCAUAUCUUACAAACCAGGAGGGUUUAAAUCACGAGGAUAAUUUUUAUGGAUUCUACACUCAAGAGGAGUCCAGGCAAAUUGGAAUCUGCCCAAAAUAUUCACGGAGCAAGAAGUUAUGAAUUUUACAAUUCAGAGGUUUCUCAGCCCGUCCAUCUGCGAGUAUGCGACUUUAGAAGAGGAUUCAAGCCCAAAGAAGAAGCGGCCUGAACCAAAACCGAUCAUAGGAAUCAAGAGGAGUUUAUUAGCUUUCCAGAAAGCCCAAGAUCUCGAGAAAUGGUCAAGGAAAUUGGAAGAUAUGAUCAAUUUCCCAAAACCGGCCAAACCAGCUCUACACUUGCCUUAUUUGGAAGAUCCGGGUUUCACAUCGAACCAACCUCAAGAAUGGCAACCAGGAGACCUUCUAAGUCAUUCAGAGGCACUCUACAACAUCAUAGGAAGCACCAUGCCACACUGGAUCAGGCGGAUCCCAAUCAAACCAAAAGAUCAAGCCGGUUUGCAUCAAUUGGCCAAACCGACAUCAUUUAAGGAAAGUCUUCAACCAAUUCAACUUGGUUCGACCCAGGGCUAUCUAUGGGAACCAGGAGAUACUCUAGACCAUUCAGAAGACAUCCAAGACGUCCUCAGCUGGACCAGCACCCAGGAGAUCAGGCGGAUCUCUCUUCCCAUCAACCUUCCAUAUUUGGCAACAUCUACACUAAAUGCUUUGGAGAAGUUUCUACAGAUUUUUGCCCAAGACCAACGGCCAUAUUCUCUUUUACUGAGGCCAAGGAGUAUUUCAGGAAGGCUUGAAGAUCAUGGCCACGUCCAGAAGCUAUCAAGAUACAAGUCUUCACAAGUUUCUCUUUUGGAAGGAAGCAAAUCAAGCCUAACGGCUAUAUUCCAUGGAGUCAUCAAAGCCUUUGCUCCCAAGACUUUAAGUUCAAGUUAUUUUGUUUCCUUUUAUCAUUUUAUGACUGUUAGAGUCUGUCCUUGUCGAGCCUAUAAAGCUCUAGUCUUUGCUUCAUUGUAAAUGACCCAUUUUUGAAAGUAAUAAGAAUUAUUCAGUUUUCUA